AUGGUAACUUCUGGUUCCUAUGGUACCAACUCUGAGAACCCAAUAACUUGUAUAGUGGCCGAUGGAGUAUUCUGCUUUGCAGUUGAUAUUGCUAAACAGAUUGGGGUUCCACUCCUUUAUUUCGAUACUAUUAGCCCUUGUGGUCUAUGGACUUAUCUCUGCCUUCCCAAACUGAUUGAAGCUGGGGAGUUUCCUUUCACAGGGGAUGACUUGGACGAGAUUGUUGUUAUUGCACCAGGAAACGAAGGUUUUCUAAGGCGCCGGGAUCUUCCUGGCUUUUAUCGCACCAAGGACUUUAGUGAUCCUAAUAUCCAAUCAGUUCUAAAGGAGAACAGGAACCUUCCCUUGGCCCAAGGGCUGAUUUUCAAUACAUUUGAGGAACUCGAUGCAUCCAUAUUAUCAGAAAUGUCCAAAAUCUGUCCAAAAAUCUAUGCCGUUGGGCCGCUUCACACUCACUUUGGUAUGGGAAAGAAUAGUGGGAAGAUCAAGAUAGAGUGGGGAAGUAGAUCAUUUGAUUCGAGACAAAGUAGAGGUAAUGAGAAUAGCCCAAGAGCGAUGGACAAGGACACAGCGAAGUUCAUUUUGCUGUCGUAG